AUGGCGGCGCGUGAGGCGGGCCUGGUGCUGGUGGAGCAGCCCAAGGCAGAGGAUGGCCCGCGUGUUCAUGCAUUGAUUGCGGCAUGCCCACCGUUGGAUGAAAACUCGGCUUAUGCCAACCUGCUGCAGUGCACACACUUUGCCGAGACGUGCGCGCUCGCGACCCGCCAUGGCGAGGCCGUUGGCUGGAUCUCGGGCUACCUACUACCCUCGCAGCCCGACGUUUACUUUCUGUGGCAGGUUGCGGUGCGGCCAGAUGCACGAGGUCAGGGGCUGGCACUGCGAAUGAUGACAAACCUGUUAAAGCGCCCCGGCUGCGCCGCCGUCACGCAACUCCAAGCGACCAUCACUCGCGAUAAUCAACCCUCUUGGGCCCUCUUUCGCGCCCUCGCCCGGCGACUUGACACGGACUUGCGUGAGUCUCCCUUUUUUGAUCGCGCAACUCACUUUGCCGGUCUUCAUGACAGUGAAUUGCUCGUCACUUUGGGCCCUUUUGACGCCUCUCGGCUCGCUGACAGCUGA